AUGAUCACAUUAUGCAAACAACAGCAACUAUUCAGUCUAAGUAAUGAGUUUCAGGUCGUAACGAAUGGGAGUUACCGCGGCCGCAAACCCCUCGGCGGUACAGCCGGCGUGCCCGGCGUGAGUCCCGGCCUGCCCGGCGUGAGUCCAGCCGUGCCCGCCGCCUCCUCGAGUCCCGCGCCCCACGCCCCCGCAGCACCCAGUCCCGCUCCAGCAACCACACCUGCCAUGAAGCAAGACCAUCCCAGCCAACCAAUGGCGCCCAUGCCGUUCUACGCGGGAGACCCGAAUAGAUUCCCGACAGCAUGGCAGACAGAUCCAUCGCAAGGUUGGCAAAACCAGUUCAUCCAGCAGCUUCCAACACAGACCAGUCAGACGACAUUGGACUAUCAAGGAAAUCAUACUGCAUACGCGACGUCGCCUCACUACCAAGGAAACACCACGUACACCGUCCAAAAUGUCGCGACAACAUUCGAUGUCACCAACAACACUUACUACCAGACCGGUGUUCAAGCGGUUCCGACGCAAAGGCCGCCGUCCAACCGCGGAGCUUAUACUCCAGUCCCAUCUCCUAGAGCCCCACAUUACACUGCAGAGUAUCAACAACAAUACGCACAACAAGCCCCUACUCCCGGUGUCACUACUGGCAGUGAUUCGAGGCCGUCGUCUGCCGCUUCUUAUCAAAGCUCUGUAGCGACCUCAGCUGCCCCAGUGUACACGGUUAGUCAGCAAAAUUAUGAACGCACAGAAUAUAAUCCAGACCACACAGACGACUACAGCAACGGGGAGAAUGGAACAACCGAUUCAAAUAACGAAGUAGAGAGACAAGAGCAAACUACGCCCAGUGGUCAGCAUUCGGGAAACGCCGAGCCUGGAUACCUGCAGGGGAGCAACGGUCCGCGAGCUUCACUAGAUUGUAGCGGGUAUUCGGGCGGCUAUAACAGCGGACAAUAUCGCGAAAAUGGCCAACAGCAAAAUCAAAAUGACUGGCAGCAACGUCAUUGGCAACAUAACCAAAGAUUACAGAACCAACAGAUUCAAAACCAACAACAAAUGCAAAAUCAGCAACAACAAAUUCAAAAUCAUCAACAACAGCAACUUCAAAAUCAGCAGCAGCAACAAAUUCAAAACCAACAGCAACAAAUACAAAAUCAGCAACAAAUCCAUAAUCAACAACAACAACAGAUACAAAAUCAACAGCAACAAAUACAACAAAAUCAACAACAAAUGCAAAAUCAACAGCAACAAAUACAACAAAAUCAACAACAAAUGCAAAAUCAGCAGCAAUUACAAAAUCAUCAAAACCAGCAAAUGCAAAAUCAACAAUUACAACAACAAAACCAGGAGAACUCUGAGCAACAGAUGUUCUCACAAUCAGACAGGGUGAAUUUGAACUCGAGACUGAAAACAAUGAUAUUAAAUAAACAAAACCACACUCGAGAUGGAACCAACACACCUCCUGACAAAGGUGACCCUGGAGAAGGGCCGCCCCGGGUGUUAGACGACAGAAAGGGUGGAGUCUCCGUUGGGGAUGACAGGAAUACCACCGGUCAUUUUUUAUCGUAUAGCCACCAUCUCCGAGAUAAUUACCGCGUAGGUGAGCAACAUUCGCUCGCUGGUAAUUAUGCACAAAACGCUCAAGCCUAUGGCGUGGGCGAAUUCGGAGGUGGUGGCCACCAAGUUUGGGAGGGGGGGACGGAGGUCCCAAGAGGUUAUAAUAAGCACGCUAUGUCGAAGAAUGUAUAUAAAACUCCUCAGAAAUUACCAUCUUACUCAGAAAUGAGAGGCCAAUUCGGUACGUAUACAAACGAUUCAUGUGAAACGCAAAAAUAUGCAGAGAAUUACGGUACUGAUAAUUUAAGUUAUAAUCAACAAGAUAAUAAAGAUUUCCAAUCCAAAAUGCUCAUUGGUCCAGUAUCAGAAAUGAAUCAACAAAUUUGUCCUCCGGCGCGUGAUAUCAAUGCACAAACACGAGCUUUUGAUAGAGAAACGUAUGGUGCAAAAUAUAGACAUCCUUCAGCGCCACUGAUUCCUAAGUUAGAAAUCCCUGAUAAUAAUUAUCAAUACCAUCAGGACGAAAGGUUAAUGAAAACCAAUACCCAAGUAGCAAUCAAUGAAUUUCAAAAAGAAAAUGAUCUUCCACAUAAUAGUGCCUAUAGAGAUUAUCCCAAUGGAUUUGUGGCAAGAUCUCAACAAAAUACUGUAUUACCACCAAUAUCUUCAAUUAAACAAGAAAACUUCGGGCAAAAACCAAAUUACCAAAACUUUCAAAAUUAUCCGUUUGCAAAAAGACAAGAACCUGAAGUUUAUCCUCAAGUACCUCGACUGCAAGAGAAUAUGGGAUUCCAAAAGUAUUCUAGAAGUUUUAACGAAGUCAAAAUAAAUAAUGAGCCAGAAAAUCGAACGUUAUCGGGUAGAAACACUCCAGUAGAACCAAAGCCGCCUUAUUACAUCGAACAAAUUAAAUCCGAACAUUCACCACCAGGACAUAAAAUUUACAAAAACAUGAGUUACGCACCUCCUAGAAAUGAGCCUUAUUUAUUCUCUGGAGAUGGAGGACCUAUGUCUAUUAAAAAUGAAGUCGGAUACUCUUGCUGCCGUCAAGGUUCUACGAAAAAGCCACCACCUGAACAUUUACGAGAUGGUGCUUGUCCUGGCCUUCAAACCAAAGACGAGAUUCUUGAAGACGACCCAGACGUCAACGAAAAGAGCGACUCAAAGAGCCAAGCUAAACCGAGCACGCCAGCCCCUGAUGCAAAUAAAGUUCCUAAAGAAAACCAAUUUAACUAUUCCAAAGAAUACUUAGAGAAUUUAGAAAAGUUAAGAAACAAUUCAAGAACAGAAGUACCCGAUUGUAAUUGUUUUCCUGCUGAUAAAAACCCUCCAGAACCCGGCAGUUAUUAUACACAUUUAGGAGCUGCAGCAACUUUAGCAGAUUUAAGAAAAGAUUUAGAAGCACGCACCGGUCUUUCGGGCAAGGAAUUGAGAAUAGAGAAGAUUUGCUACACCGGCAAGGAAGGGAAAUCCGCUCAAGGCUGUCCGAUAGCUAAGUGGGUGAUCCGUCGGUCGUCGUACACGGAGAAGGUGCUGGUGGUGGUGAAGGCGCGCGCGGGGCACCGCUGCGCGUGCGCGUGGCUGGUGGUGUGCGUGGUGGCGUGGGAGGGCAUCCCCGCGGCGGAGGCGGACGCGGACUACGCGCUGCUGGCGCACAAGCUGCAGCGCUACGGGCUGCCCACCACGCGCCGCUGCGCCACCAACGAGAACCGCACCUGCGCCUGCCAGGGUCUAGAUCCGGAGACGUGCGGUGCAUCAUACAGCUUCGGUUGUUCCUGGUCAAUGUAUUACAACGGUUGCAAGUAUGCACGCUCCAAAACCGUCCGCAAAUUCCGUCUCUCCGUGAAGACCGAGGAGAGCGAGAUAGAAGAGAGAAUGCACGUCCUCGCCACACUACUCAGCCCGCUCUACAUGAAUCUCGCACCGAAAUCCUUCGAGAACCAGUGUCAGUUCGAAAAAGAGGCAUCGGAUUGUCGAUUAGGAUUCAAAUCUGGACGACCUUUUUCUGGCGUAACAGCAUGCAUAGACUUCUGUGCGCACGCGCAUCGUGAUCUUCACAACAUGAACAACGGGUGCACCGCGGUGGUGACGCUCGCGAGGCACCGCGCGCUCGCGCGAGCCGCCGACGAGCAGCUGCACGUGCUGCCGCUGUACGUGCUCGACACCACCGACGAAUUCGGCUCAAGGGACGCUCAAGAUGAGAAGGUCAAGAGCGGUGCACUCGAAGUGCUCGAUAAGUUUCCGAUGGAAGUCAGAGUCCGUUCGGUGCCUUUGCAGCCGUGCAGACGCCACGGUAAAAAGCGGAAAGAAGAAGACACGACAGAUUCGUCCACCAAUAAUUCACAACAGAGCCCCGGUGGAAACCAGAAAAAACCGCAACAAUGUUCCACGCCCACGCCCAGAACUCCCCAGCCGAUCGACAACAGGAACAACGCCAGUCCUAGAAGUCAAAGCAGCGCCUCACCGAGAUCUCAAACUCCUCUAAACCAGUCGAAUCCAUCUCCGUUCGCGCACAAUGGCCACUACAAUUCCGCUUUCGUCAAUCCGAAUAUGCAUAAUCAAAACCCUACCCUUAUCAAUAGUAACCUAAGUAACCCAGCUCUACUAGAUAUGGCCACCAUGAUAGACAAUUUCACUGACGCCCAGCUGCAGAGCAAUCAAAUCUCUAGUACCGUCCUCGAUUCUCCAUAUAAUUCUUAUGACCAGAGCUACAAUCUACACCAUCAAAACACUCUUUACAACCCAAAUAAUAUGCCCACAUUAGUAGAGGCAAAUCCUUGUCAGAAUGCAAACCCUAAUCCGCUUCCUAGCUUUUCUGCCGGAUUGCAGAAACGAAAUCAACAAUUCAGCGAUCCUAAUGCCGAUCAAAUAAACGCCGCUCCCCAAAACCAGUGGCCCGACUUUCCAAAUGCUGACUUGUUCAAUAACGUGGUUAAAGAAGAUCCCGAUUCUACCACUGCUCAUUUAAACGUUCCGCCUAAUUACAGUCCAGAUUCUAACAGGAGCGAACCGAAUUCCGAACAAAUGCCAUUAAAAAUUUCUACCGAAAUCGACAAGCAAAACAUGAUUCAGAGUGAAAUCACCAACAAACUUCCAGAAUUCGAUAUGCCGAAUUCGCCGAGACUCACAGAGAUAUCACAAAAUUCACAAACCAAACCGGAGUCACCGGCUCCAUCUCAAUUAGCAGAAUUAAAAUCUCCUAACAACGAUUCUAUGAACACAUCGGAAGGCCGGAAAAGUGUGUGGAAAUCUCCGGAGUCUAAAAAUUGGGACUCUACGAAACCAAAGGAACAAUUGGUAUCUGAAAAUGAAAAUAAUGUGUUUAGAGUCCCAAAAGCCAGACCACCAUCGCGAUCCCAACACGGCAAUCCCGCGGAAGGCUUGGAGAACGCGACCUUCUUAAAACCUUACCCGCCUUCCGAGAGACCUCAUUUGAGCCAAGGCUAUGAACACAGGAGUCCAUACGACAACAGAAUACCAAACAAUACGGCACCACAGAUGAGACCUCCUCAAAACAAUUUCACUAUUAAUCAUGACCAACAGAUCGCGUCUGCCAACAAACCGACACCAGAAUUCACAGGAAACAAUUUUCAUCCGGUCGCCCAGAAUCCAUACGGAAACCAAACUUCAGUACAAAGUUACGGCAACUACCCGCAGGUGCCUAACUCGUAUCCAUUCUCACCAAACCCUUACGGACACUUCAAUCCGUAUGAAAAUUCUUACAACGAUUACAACAGCUUAGCUUAUUACAACGCCGAGAAAUAUAAAAGAGAAGAAAUUUUGAGAAACCCCCACUCCUACAAUUCCUACGGAUACCAAUACAAUCCCAACUUCGCACCAAACUUCUACCAAAACCCAAGCCCGAACUGGUGCCAAUCUUCUCCGAACUGGUGUCUAUAUCCUCCGCCAUUCUCGAUCCCAUAUCCACCGGAGCCUCCGAAGGCGGAACCGAUAGGCGAGGUCACAGAGUUCACGGACAACGCGGAGUGUUUCAAAGACAGCCAAAUGGGCGGAGUAGCGAUCGCACUCGGCCACGGAAGCGUCCUCUUCGAAUGCGCAAAACACGAGAUGCAUUCGACGACGGCCGUGAAAAAUCCAAACAGAGCUAACCCGACGAGGAUCUCCCUGGUGUUUUAUCAACAUAGAAAUUUGAACAGACCAAAGCACGGGUUGGAAGAGUGGGAAGAGAAGAUGAGGUUGAAAAAAUUGGGGCUAAACCCUCCAACGCCGGGCGCGCCGAAUGCCAGUGCCGCGUCUACUCCUGCUACUGACCGUCGAAAAGUGGAUGGUGAAAAAUGGAAGGGGUCAGAGGAUGGUAUCCCCGGAGGAUUCAAGUCGCUGGGUGCGUUAGUGCAAGCAACGGAGGCGGCGCGACGCGGACGUCAGAUAUUAGUACGAGCGGAGACUCACACCACCACGUCCUGGACCACGCUGUUCCCGAUGCACCCCUGCACCGUCACAGGACCCUACCAGGAGUCCGCCACCUGACGUCGCGCACGACCCACCGUGCCCAUGUAAAUUCUCAGUUGCCUUUCUAGCCGUUGAACGUCGAAACUUGUACUGUUGUACUUCCCAGUCUCCACUAGAGUCGAGGCGGGUCCCUCGAGCGUGUCGAUAUAUUUCUGAUGAUCGUAUGAUUUAAAACGAAGAUGUCAAUUUUAAGUUCUAUAGUGUUUAAAUCGUCUCGCCUAGUCUUACGUUAGUAUCCGUGUCGUCCGAGUGACGUUCGUCGCGGACCUUUGUCUGUAUAUUCUUGACGUAAUUUAAUUUUUGCCGGCGUCGUAUUUAGUAUCACCGGGCCGAUGUUGAUUUGAUUAAUGAUUUUACUUUGUCCGCUGUAUAAACUGACUUUAAGGCGUUCCGUCUACAUAUUUUGUCAAUGUUUUCUAAUUAAGCGCAUAUUUAAAUUUAUGCGAUUCGAUGAUCUCAUAAACUACUAACCCUAUGUAUGUAACCGAUCAGAACAAAAGUACAAAACGUCACACCGAAGGGUGGGGAUAGAGAGGCGGACACAUUCGACGACGUGUUUAUCGAUAUUUUUGUACCUUUGUCUGUGUUAGUAUUAAUUGUUUUAUUUUAUAUAGUUGUAUUUUAUGAUCAUUAUUACCAUUCCUUUGCCUUUGUCUACAUUUAUCGUUUUGGCAUAUUUCAAUAAGUUAAUCGAAUAACGGCGUCGUAGCCUUUUUGUAUUUUAUUCAACAAAGACAUGAGUGCUUUUCUAUUAGGUUAAGUCGUGUGUAUUUUUAACUUUUUAGAAUAUUUAACUUAUUUAUAUAAAUUGUAUUACGUGAACCAUUAUGAAAUCAUUUUCUUUGUAAUAAUUUAGUGUUACGGUAGACGUUAAUAUUUAAUAUAUUUGCUUUACGAUUCGACAUUAAAUUAUUGCAGUUGUUUUUUGCAUGUUUCAAAGCCUUCUUUACUUUACUCGAGUGCCUGCAUUUUGGCUAUAUACUAAUGUUUAUUGUUGGGUGAUUUAAACUCAACCAAAAAUGUGACCUUACUGUUUAAAAAUCAAUGUAUUACGAUCAUUCACAUAGCGACGAUAAUUUUUAUAAAAUUAGAAACAAUAAAAAGAUAAUUAAUACAUACAUUUAUAUAAGAAUAGGAUAUGUGCGAAGAAAAAACAAUUUUUCAGGCGCUUGAAAAGAUAUAAAGUAGGCAUAUUAUUGAAAAUGAUUGAAAACAUACUGAUAAAUAGUUAUUAAUAUAUAAUUAGCGUAAGAGAAAGUUUGUUUUAAAGAUUAAACUAUUCAUAUAGUUUAUAUUUUUUACGUGUACGUAUUUAUUGAAUGGUAAAUUUAUUGGGACGAACGUGAAAAAUUAUUUAUAAGUAUAAUAAAGUUUUGAGAGCAAAACUUAUAAAAACUAAGCAAUAAUAGACGUGGGGUCUAUGUACAUUUUAAUAAUGUAGGAAUGAAAAAAAUAUAAUUAACGAAUGGUGCGAUUUCUUGUCGGUCUUAUGGAAGUUUUGACGUUUGAAAUUCUUAACGAAACUUGCCUAAAAUUGUAUUCGAACAUUAUUUUUUUGUGUAAAUCAUUGGUAAAAUGCCCUAGUGUUCUUGCCAUUAAACUGUUGCCUAUGGCAACCCUUCAUAAAUGCAUUGUAGGACAAAACAUAUCAAAAGCAAUCACAGUGAAGGAAAUAAAUUGAAAAUCAUACAAUAAAAAAGAAACAAAUAUUAACAGGCAAAUCGUAUCGGCAACACGUUGACACCAAAUUGUAAAGUUUCGUAGAAUUAUGUAUUAAAAUAGGUGUUUACCUAUAAGAGAAUGUAUCAUUUAGGUCACACUAGAAACCUGUGAUAUAACCUUUAAACUCACGUAUGCGUGACUGUAUGUUUGCCUAUCUUCAGUGUGUUGUGAGAGUGCAGCGUAAUGCCAUGAUACCAAAUACUAUAUUAUAGCAUCCCCGAGUGUAAUUUUUCCGAAUUAAAAACGUUUACUGUUUUUUAUCGAUAUCGAUAAUCGAGCAAUGCCUGUAUCUUAAAGAUUUCUUUUUCUCCUUGGAAACAAGUGAUUGUGCAUUUAAUUUAAAACUUACACUAGGGGUUCAUAUUGUAACCAAAAAAUAAUGUGGUUUAUGUUGUAUCGUCUUCAUGCGAUGGGAAUUAUUACCAAUGUAAUGUUUUGUAUGUCAUAAUACGACUGCGUUGCUUUAAGUUGCGACGAUGUUAUUGUGUAACAAUAUUUUUUAAUUGUCUUCUGCCAAAACAAAAGAGUAAUCGAAUGUGUCAUGUAAAUAGAACUACCAUUAUUUAUUAAUACAAUAAUUUAAAAAGAAUA